UCGGGCUCAGUUGGUGUUCCGGUUUCGGGUUGUGCUGUCAGUUGCCUUUUGCCUCCAUGCACAGCGGCUGAGCGAUUGAGCGAUUGAACGAUUGAACGGUUGGACGGUUGAGCGGUUGGACGGUUGAGCCGUUGAGCGGUUGAGAGUUUGCCACCGGAGCCGGAGAGUCCUGUCGCGUUACCCGUGGUCUGUGUCCGCAUCCGUAUCCGUAUCUCCGUGUGCGUCUCUCUUCGGCCGUCGACACGCAUAACACACGCAAUGGAUGUCAGAACUAAGACCGGAUAUCUGCAUAAAUAAAUAUAAAACUUCAUACAUACAAUACCUUAUACUAAGCAAUAUUUAAUUCGGUUGAGUGAAAAUCACAACAAAAUAAAAUACAAAUUACAUUUUAAAGUAAUGAAAUAAAAACCAACCGUGAAAAAUUUUUCAAUCGCUUUACUGAAUAAUCACAAUUACGGGCGAAACGCAUAAAACCAUUACUAAAGCAAUUUUGUAACUAUAACAACCGCAAAACAAAUGGAUUAUGAUAGUUAUUAAUUAAUAAUGUUCAGAGACGCAAAAGUGAACAUUUCAAGCCAGUUGUAAAUAUAAUCACAGUCAUUAACCAUAGAAAAUGCAUACAUACAAAAAAUCGUAAAUCGUAACGACAAAACAAUUUUAAUAUCCAUUCAAACACAAAGUAUAAACAAACAAAAACAGAAAUCCAUUAUUAAAAAAGUGUUCUAUUAUAUAGAAAACUCAUUUGAUGAGUAAUGUUCAAAUUCUCGAUAAGCAACUGAAACGCGCACAAGAUUAAUAUAAAUUUUUAAAAAUAAUACGAUUAAGAUUAAGGUCAAGUCAAAUAAAACCACAGUUCAAUUGGCUGAAGAAUCUAAAGUGGAUUAAUUCGAGAGUUUUCUGAAAAUCUUCGAUUAACUGAAAUUGAAUUAUUCGAUUUAUAUCGAUACGUACAUACUCAUAUUUCAAUAAUCGCAUCUAACUAAAUAAUAAUCAUUAUUGAACUUAAAUUAAUUGCAUUAACUUCAUUACUUAUCAAACAAAAAAUCUGGGAGACAAUUUUGAUAAAAAGUUUGAUAAAUUAUUAUAAUACAACGCAAACUAAAAAUCAAGCAAGUUCAAUACACAAAUAAGUAAACGGAAUAAUUCUACAAAUAAAUAUUCAACACGAUCAGCUCAAUCCUAAUAUGCCAAUUGGAAAAUAUUUUGAUUGCAUAACAAACGGAGAUAGAUAAUAAAGCCGCCACUUUUGAAUACACAAAUAAGGAAGAGGUCAAGUAAAUCAAUAGAAACCAAAUGCUACAAAGCACUGCCAUAUACAACUGCAACGGAUUGCAUUAGGAGAACUAACAAUUGAAUAGCUCAACAUUUAUAGCAAAAGUACUAAAAUAUAGGAUAAUAUAGCAACUACAGAAUAGAAAAAAGCCUAUACUAAAUCGGAGACCACGAACAAAUGAGAGAAAAAGGCAAAAACGGAACAUCAACAACAAAUUAAGAACUUGUAAGAUGGUAGGAUAUCGUAAGGACUACCUUUCUUUCUAGAAGAAAGAAGCGCAAAAAACGAGAAAGGAAGUUGGGGAAUAAACUUUUAUUGUAAGAGAACGCAUAAAAAGAAGAAUAGAAACACGCUCUUCGGGUUGUAAAGAAAAUAAGAAGACAAAAGAAAGACAUAAUAAUGUUGCAAACAAUAAAACAUAUACUUGCCAUAUUGAUAUAAAAGGAGAACGUUAAAAGGCGGUGAAAAUUUCAUAAGAUUAGUAGGUAUUAAGGCCAGCCCACACACAAAAGGGAACUCAGCCCCUUUCCCACAGGAAGGGACAAUGUAAGCUGCAGCAGCUGGAUAAGGCCGAAAAAUCCGAAAAUUAAAUCAUUGUAAUCUAGUAGAGAGCAGACAACAUAUCCGCUGGCAACAACCAACACCGAAAGAGACUAUGAAAAAUGCACAACUGAAACUGACUGAAGUUGACGAUGAUGAGCUGUGGCUGGCAGUAAGAUUAGCGCACUGCAGCAGCAGCAGCAGCAGCAGUAACAGCAACAGCAACAGCAACAGCAACCCGAGCAACAGCAACAACAACCAGCGGCAACACCAGCAACUUACCCAACUGCAACCAAGGAGCUUAAGUACAAAACACCACAGCAACAUUGCAAGCAAACAGCACAAUAGCCAAGAACAGAAGCCAUCGCAAAGAGGGGAAGAUGUAGCCACCCACGUGAGCAGCAAUGACCAGCUAGACAGCAGCAGCAACAUGUUGUCGCCGAAGACAGCAGCGGCAGCAAUUGCUGCCUGCAAUCAAGCAACAACCCAACAACCAACAAACAUAAGACUGUGUGCACGCAAGCGACAAAGAUUGCGUCGCCGACGAAAAAGAAAACCAGCAACCCCAUGCGAAUCAGAGGCAUUUGCAUUAGCAUCAGCAACAACAGCAACAUUAGUAGCAGCAACCACUAGCAAUAGCAACAGCAACAGCACAAGCAACAGCAACAGCAACAGCAACAGCAACAGCAAUCUGCAUCCAACGGCCACCUACAUGCAAUGUCGCACCAGCGACAAGGAAAUCAGCACUCGAAGAUCGAAUCCUGAACUUUCAUCGGCAACAUUCGCGUGGCUGUUGCAGAUGUUGCUGGUGUCGCUGCAACAGUGGCACCUUCACGUGCAACAGCCGGCGGCUCGGCUGCUCAGAGCGAUUGCGAUCAGCACCACCGCCUUCAUUUCCUACUUAGGCAGCUUUGCGGCGCAGCUGAGGAGCGGAAGCGGCAUUCACGGCAGCAAUCCCAGCCAACAAAGCAGCAACAGCAACAGCAGCAGCAGCGGCACGCAAAUAAUCAACGGACUUAAUAAACACUCAUGGAUAUUUUUACUGAUAUAUUUGAAUUUAUCUGCUAAAGUUUGCCUAGCAGGAUAUCAUGAAAAGAGACUGUUACAUGAUCUUUUGGAUCCUUAUAAUUCACUAGAACGUCCCGUUCUCAAUGAAUCGGACCCGUUACAAUUAAGCUUUGGUUUAACUUUAAUGCAAAUUAUCGAUGUGGACGAGAAAAAUCAAUUGCUAGUCACGAAUGUGUGGUUGAAGCUUGAGUGGAACGACAUGAAUCUGCGCUGGAACACCUCCGACUACGGCGGCGUGAAGGACCUGCGAAUACCGCCGCAUCGCAUCUGGAAGCCGGACGUGCUGAUGUACAACAGUGCGGAUGAGGGAUUCGACGGCACCUACCAGACGAACGUCGUGGUGCGGAACAACGGAUCCUGUCUGUACGUUCCGCCGGGCAUCUUCAAGUCGACGUGCAAGAUCGACAUCACGUGGUUCCCGUUCGACGAUCAGCGGUGCGAGAUGAAGUUCGGCAGUUGGACCUACGACGGAUUCCAGCUGGAUUUACAAUUACAAGAUGAAACUGGCGGUGAUAUCAGCAGUUACGUGCUCAACGGCGAGUGGGAACUACUGGGUGUGCCUGGCAAGCGUAACGAGAUCUAUUACAACUGCUGCCCGGAACCCUAUAUAGAUAUCACCUUCUCCAUCAUCAUCCGCCGAAGGACGCUGUACUAUUUCUUCAACCUGAUCAUACCCUGUGUCCUGAUUGCCUCGAUGGCCCUGCUCGGAUUCACCCUGCCGCCGGAUUCGGGUGAAAAGCUAUCACUGGGUGUUACCAUCUUGCUCUCGCUGACCGUGUUUCUCAAUAUGGUGGCCGAAACAAUGCCGGCCACUUCCGAUGCGGUUCCACUAUUGGGUACAUAUUUCAAUUGCAUAAUGUUUAUGGUAGCUUCAUCCGUUGUGUCAACGAUUUUAAUAUUAAAUUAUCAUCAUCGAAAUGCUGAUACGCACGAAAUGUCCGAAUGGAUUCGCAUCGUAUUUCUGUGCUGGCUGCCGUGGAUCCUGCGAAUGAGUCGUCCUGGCCGACCGCUGAUCCUGGAGUUCCCGACCACGCCCUGUUCGGACACCUCCUCCGAGCGGAAGCAUCAGAUUCUCUCCGAUGUUGAGCUGAAAGAGCGCUCGUCGAAAUCACUUCUGGCCAACGUACUAGACAUCGACGAUGACUUCCGGCACAAUUGUCGCCCCAUGACGCCCGGCGGAACACUGCCACACAACCCGGCCUUCUAUCGCACGGUUUAUGGACAAGGCGACGAUGGCAGCAUUGGGCCAAUUGGCAGCACCCGAAUGCCGGAUGCGGUCACCCAUCACACGUGCAUCAAAUCAUCAACAGAAUAUGAAUUAGGUUUAAUCUUGAAGGAAAUUCGCUUUAUAACUGAUCAGCUACGUAAAGAUGACGAGUGCAAUGACAUUGCCAAUGAUUGGAAAUUUGCAGCUAUGGUCGUUGACAGACUGUGCCUUAUCAUAUUCACAAUGUUCACAAUAUUAGCCACAAUAGCUGUACUACUAUCAGCACCACAUAUUAUUGUCUCGUAGCCAUAUGGGCGAGGUGGUUAUUGUUAUUGGUUUUAUUAUAAAAUCAAUUUGUUAAUUAUUAAAUUAAUAACGAAACUUUUUAAGUAAAUUAAAACUAAAAAACAAUUUAAAAAGCACAAA